GAAGCGCAUUAUAUUGCAUUUGUCUUAGUGUGAAAGUAACAGAUGCAAAAUGAACUCGAAGUGGUUUGAUUUCCCAGCUGCAUGGAUUCUCCUCAUUUUACCAGUUAUCAGUGGAGAACGUCUGUGUAAACAUGAACGUUUAAAGCACUUUAACAUUUCUACUGAGCUCCAGUCUGAUGUCCUGCUGCCGUGUAACUUUGAUCCAACUCUCCUCGGAUCAAAUAAGUCUGCGGAUAUAAAAGUAGUGUGGAGUCAGAUAAACACAACAGAACAUUAUCUAGUGGAGAUCUCUCUACAGGGAGACAUGAGUUCCUGGGAUUCCAAAGGUGGACGUAUCAAGUAUUUCUCUAAGCCCUUUGAAUCAGGAAACUUCUCCAUCCUCAUUCAGAAAGUGCAGCUGUAUGAUCUGAGUCUCUACCACUGUGUGCUGUUAAAUGGGACCGGCUGCAUCAUCGCGUAUCAGGAGAUACAGCUUGGCCAUACGCUAGAUCAGUCCUCACUCCAGUUGUGGAUCACAGUAGGAGCAUUAGCAGGAGUAACUGUGCUGCUUGUCCUAUUUACCGCCUGUUUGUUACAUGCAAAACGCAGAAAAAAUCUCACUAUGAUCGAGGUCGAAGUUGAAGGUAAAUCAAUUGAGAAUCCAAUAUAUGAAACGUCCUGUCAGACAGAAGCAAGAGAAGAAGAAGUAUCUGAUACUCCAAUAUAUGCCAUUGUCAAGAAAGGAAAAAAGUGAACAGCACAAAAAUGAAGCCAUACAUACAACAAAUUCUCUUUCAUUUUGUCAGUGUUUAUUUGUAUUAUUUACACAAUGGCCCUCUCAGUUAUCUUAUUAGCAUGUCAGUCAUUGUUGUACCACAAGUUGCUAUGCUACAGUUCCUUCCUUCCUUUCAUCUACUUUUCUCACUUUCUUUCUUUUUUGUUUUUGCACCUGCUAGUGUGUGCUAGACUGUGAUGAUGUGUGAGAAACUUUACAGAGAAAAACAAAUGAACGACCCCCCUACACACAGACAUCCGCACUUACUACAAGUUAAUAAAUUUUCUCUUUUUCCCCCAUAUAAAGAGUUGGCCAAAAGUAUUGAUACAAAUGUGAAAAUUAGUGUUUUAAUGACAUUCUCAAAAAUUGUAAAAAAGAAAAAGAAAUGUCAUUGUUCAAAACAAUUAAUAUCUAGUAUGAAGUCCUUUACUUUUCAAAACCUGCUGGCUCUGGCUGGGUAUAAAAUCAAAAAGACGUCUGGUGUGAAUCGUUCAAUCCAUCCAAUUCACUUAAGAAUUCCCAGAGUUUUUGUUACUUUUGGUCAUCACUGGAUAUUUACAUUUCAACUCUAUUUUAAUUCUUGAUCUGAAUAAGAGGUACAGUAUAUAAUAAGAUAUAACAUCUACAAACACCCUUCUAAUUUCAGCAAAUAUAUCUUCUCAAAGGACAAUACUAUAGAUAUAACACUUAAAUAUGUUUUAGAGUAGUCAAUGUGCAGCUCGUGUAACAGUAUAGAUUUCCUGUCCUGGGGAAAUAACUCAACAUACAGCCGUUAUUAAACAAACAGCCAUUAUUGUCAAAAUAGCUGGCAACGAAAGUAAGUACACCCUAAGUGAUAAGACCUGUAGAUCUUUACCCAUGCUUAAGUCACAUGUCCUAUUCAUGAUGUUCAUGUGCUUAUCAGUGGCCGAGUAUGUCCUCAGACCUGAACCCUAUUGAGCACCUGUGGGGCAUCCUCAAGCGGAAGAGUCAUGUGUCUAAGAUCCAGCAGCUCCAUGAUACCAGAGUGGAAAAGGAUCCCAGCAACAGCAAUGGUGCUCACACAAAAUAUUAACACUUUGGAUGCAGUUUUGACAUGUUCACUUAGGGUGUACUCAUUUUGUAAACAAUUAAGUCUGCAUGGUGAGUUAUUGUUAGAGGAGAGUAAAUCUGUACUGCUAUAUGAGCUGUACAUUGACUACCCUAAAGUAUAUCCGAUUUUCAUUUCUAUACAAAUAGUAUUGUCCCUCGAGAACAUAUAAUAAAGUAGUUGCUGAAAUGUGACUCACUUUUGCGGCAUACUAUAUGUCCUACUAUAUUAAGCAGAGUGAAAAUUAAUUAGCAGUUUUUCGGAAGGUCUGAAACUAUCUGAGGUUGUUAUGGUUUACUUACACUAAAAAUCUUCCCAUGUGAAAAGAGCCUGCACAUUGUAGCCGGUGUUAGCCAUCAAUACAAACGUGAGAACUAAACGUUAUCAAGAUCGAGAACUUAUCUUGGUGAACAUGCUAGCUUACAGAAUAGAAACAUUCAUCCAGAAGGUACGAAGGAAGAUCAUUAUGGCAUGACUAGAUCUUCAGCACCAAAACAGCUUUAAGAGCUUUGUAAGCUGAAAAUGAAACAUGAUAAUAUAUUGUCCUUGUGAUAGAUUGGCACCCUGUCCAGGGUGUACCCUGCCUCAUGCCCUGACUCGAAAAAAGUUUUCUGUGUUCUUUUCAUUGGUGAUGUUCUUCUUAUCCAUUUAGGUUUCCUUUCUCUCUUUCAUAAUCCUCGAUUAUUGUAUGACUCAAACUGUAUAUUAGUUUGCUUAUCUGUAGAUAUGAUUUGUACCUCUUUUAAUUUUGCACACAAGAUGAUGGUUUACUGCCUCUUGAGCCAACAACUUUAUAAAUAAAUGAUUUA